UGCAACACUAGCUGGCUAUAGUAAAUCAAACUAAAGCAGCAAGCAGGAGCGAUUUAAUUAAGCAAUGGCGAACGGUAAGCUUGCAGCCCUGGCCGUGCUCGUGAUCCUGCUGCACGCGUCCGCGCACUGCGCGGCAGUCGUCCGGGCCUCACGGAAGGUGGACGGCGGCGGCGACGGCGGCACGCCGGCGGUGAUGACGGAGAACGGGUUCGAGCGGGGCGGGAGUGGGGGCGGGCCGGCGGAGUGCGACGGGAAGUUCCACAGCGACAAGGACCUGCUGGUGGCCCUGUCCACGGUGUGGUACGCGGGCGGACGCCGGUGCUUCCACAAGAUCCGCAUCACGAGCGCGCAGACUGGGCGCAGCGUGGAGGCCACGGUCAUUGACGAGUGCGACUCCCGGGGUGGCCGGUGCAAGAACAACAUCGUGGACACGUCGCCGGCCGUCUGGCAGGCGCUCGGGCUCGACAUCAACAUCGGCGAGGUGCCUGUCACAUGGUCCGACGUCUGAGCAUCUGAGGUCGAAUUGACCGCGCGCGGCCGGCGAUUGGUCGUUUGAAUAAUACAUUGGCCUCGUGCGAGCAGGCCGGGAGGGGUUCGUAGAUCUGUUCUGUUGCUACGUCUUAGCUCUUGCUCCCGGUUGCUUGAGGAGAAACCUCAAAGAUCACGGGAGAACUGUGUAAUAAUAACAUUUCCUACAUUAAUAAAUGUGAUUUACUGCC